AAGCACACACACAAAAGCAACGGGACGGGAGGGAAUCAUCUCAAUCGCCAUUCCACUAUCCUCAAUCUCACCCACACCACACCACAGAUUCUCUCCCAAACCAUAAUCUAUCCAAUCGCGAUGCUGAUCGCGCCGGCGGCGGCGGUGGCGACGAGGCGGCGAGCGCCGAAGAGCAAUUCUCGAGUGGCAGACGAGAAUCUCGGAUCAACCGGCGGAAGAUCGGAGUCGACAUGGAAGCACAAAGUUUCAUUCCUGUGCGACAUACUUCUAGCGCCGCUCUCGAUGCUGUCGUGCCUCUCGCAUCCGUACAUGAGCAGCGCCGCCGACGGAGUUUGGGUGUCGGCGGAGCUGCCGCACACCUCCGAGGUAACUCAUCUCAUGGUGCGAGACAGCCUACGGUACGCGAUUCUGAUGUGAAUCUCAGCUGUACGGUGCGUUGCGUGCGCGUGUUAAUAUAUGCUUGCCUGCUUGUGUGGUUGAGAUUGAGAAACAACACUUUGGUUCUGUUCUGUGGCUCUACGUUUUUGCACGCUAGCUACCUGUUAUUGUUAAUCCCCUUUCUUCACGCAGUUUUUAAUUUUAAUUAGGUCACCUUUACUUUUGUGCUGUAAGUUUUUUUUGGUUUGUUGCUGCUGCUGGUUUGGCUUAUACACACUUUUCUUUUCUUUGGUACAUAUUUUUAGGUCAUUGGAUUUGGCCUGCUGUUUGGAUUUGUGCAUAUAAGUAACAAUAUGAAUGUUUUUAUCAGAAAAUGAAACAAUUCUUCAAUGCUGUUAAUCUCUUCA